GCAUGGAAAAACCGGACCCAUCGUCAAAACCCCGGCCUAACCCUAGGUCCCUAGCCGCAAUCGCAGUGGUGUUUGGGGGAGUUAGCCGGAGGCUUUUCCCCGCCAGACAUGGAGGAGCUCAAGACGGCGGAUCUCGCAGGCCCGCUGGAGCUCUUCCCUCCCGUCGACUUCUGCUGCGUUUAUGGCUCCGCUCUCCUUCCCAAUAAUAAUGACAAGAAUUCCAUGGUGGAUUACAUCUUGGGUGUACCAGAUCCCAUCAAAUGGCAUUUGGAAAAUUUGGAAAGGAACAGACGCCACUACUCGACGUGGAUGGUGCGACUCGGCCCGAGAGCGAUUACUCGGGUUGCAGAUGGGAUAGGUGCGGGAGUGCACUUCAAUCCCUUUGUGGAGUGGAGAGACAAGGUUCCUUUGGUGCUAAAUUUAACAAAAAUAAAGUAUGGAGUGGUGCGAAUGCAUGACUUGGCUAUGGAUAUACUUACUUGGGAUAGGUUCUACUUGAGCGGCCGUUUGCAGAAACCUGGUCAUGUUGUUAUCGAUAAUUGGGAUGUAGAAAAGGUCAACUUGAUUAAUCUGAAGAUGGCAAUUUCUGCUUCACUGCUCCUUUUGCCACCUGAAUUUACUGAGGAAGAUCUAUAUGCUAAAAUUUGUAGUCUCUCAUAUAUGGGUGAUUUGCGGAUGCUGUUUGCAGAGGACAAGAAUAAGGUCAAAAAGAUUGUUGAGGGAAGUUUUAAAUUAUUCCAGUCAAUGUAUAAGCCCCUAAUACAAGAGCAUGUGUUUGAUGGGUUGCUGAGCACUUCACCUCAUGGCAAACAGGCAGCAUUUAAACAGGACUUUUGUUUAUCAGCAACAAGUUCUCUGUUCUCUUCUCUUCCUUGGACAGUCCAGCGUCGAAUUAGUGGAAAUUAUGAAAGUGAAUCAGGCACAAUGACACCCCAGAUUGCUGUUUCUUCAAGAGAGGUGGCUGCUAAGUGUGUCAGGAAAGCUUUGAGACGGUUAGUUAUGGUUUCAAGUGCCAGGCAAGCAGUAUCUGGUGUACUUGCUGCUGGGGGAGUAAAUGCUGCUCGAUAUCUUGGAAAGAAGAUAUCCAAGGCUUGGAAAUCUAGAACAUCUUGAUCGAAGUUCGUUCAUGUGCAAAGAAUGUUUUGAUAAUUUCAGUGGUCAUCAAAUAUUGUGGUCAUCAAAUAUUGGAUGAAGUUAAAAAGUUAAGGUAGUGGGAAUAGAUACAUUAUAAAACGUGCACAUGGAAUUUUGAUUUACACCUUGUAUAUUAGAUGGAAAAAUCAGUGAUUUUGCAAUAAAGGAUUUACACACUUGAAAUUUUGAAUUUUGAUUCUGCAAUGGGAUUUGACCC